UAAGCCAAACAAAUUGUUAAUCCAAUUAAAGAUUUGCGAAAAAAAACAGUGGGCAGAGGAAUCUGACUCUCGCUGCAGCUCUUGCCAUUAGUUGUGUUGAGAUUUGCUCGGUUUUGCUAAUACCCCAGUGCCUUAUAGCCAGUGUUUGCCAUUUGUUUACAGCUACUGUGCCUUGCUUCGCCUAGCAGCAUUUUUGGUCAGCCAUUAGCCCACAUUUAUUGGCAGCUGACUUGCAUAAUUAGAGUCAAGGUCAACAGCAGCGGCAGCAGAAACAACAACAGAAAUCACGACCCUUACCUUACCUUACUUUUGUGUGCGCGAGAAAAAGGUGUAGAGAGAUUACCCCCUGGCAUGAUAUCAGCCUGAUUCAGCAGGCGAGUCACGGCCCUGAACAGCAGUUGAGCGGAUGCAACACAGCAGCGCGUAAGUUCAGCGAAGUUGUACUUUUACCUUCUCCUUCCGUGAAUCUUUGACCGCUCAACGUUCAACAUGUGCUGCAAGUGCUGCGGUGAAACUCAGCGCAAGGCCUGGGUCUUUGGCCUGGGCUCGCUCUUCAUGCUGCUGGGCAUCCUAAUCGUGGUCUUUUGGCCCGGUCUGGCUGACAAUCUAGUGGAGGAUGGUCUCAAACUGAAGCCCGGCACCGACACCUACGACAGCUGGCUGGAGGCUCCGAUACCCAUUUAUCUCAGCUUCAACAUGUUCAACUGGACGAAUCCCGAAGAGAUACGCAAUCCGAAUGUGAAGCCCAACUUUGUGGAGAUGGGUCCGUACGUCUUCCUCGAGAAACACAAGAAGGAGAACUUCACCUUCUUCGAAAAUGCCACAGUGGCUUACUACGAGCGUCGCACUUGGUUCUUUGAUGCGGAAAAGUCCAAUGGCACGCUGGAUGACAUGGUGACGGCUGCGCAUGCCAUCACCGCCACCGUGGCGGAUGAGAUGCGGCAUCAGAACAAGAUCGUAAAGAAAAUCAUCAACUUUAUGCUGAACCAUGAGGGCGGCGAACUGUACACAACGAAGCCCGUGGGCGAGUGGAUCUUCGAUGGCUAUCAGGACAAUCUCACGGACUUCCUGAAUCUGUUCAACACAUCCGUGAUUGAUAUUCCUUACAAGCGCUUUGGCUGGCUGGCGGAUCGCAAUGAAUCGUUGACCUACGACGGACUCUUCACCAUUCACACGGGCACCGACAACAUCGCCAAUGUGGGCAAGUUGACUCACUGGAAUGGCAAGGCGGAGACUGGCUUCUAUGAAAUGCCCUGCGGCGUGGUGAACGGCACCACUGGAGAUCUAUUUGCGCCCAAGAUGAAUGUCAAGGAGGAGAUCACCAUCUUUGCCACCGAUGCGUGUCGCUUCAUGAACCUAAGGCCGGAGGGCACGCUAGAGAAUCACGGCCUGACUGCCACACGCUGGGUGGGCACUGAGGAGACUCUCGAUUCUGGCGAGAACUAUCCGAAUCAGGCGUGCUUCUGUGAUCCCCGUCUGGAGGAGUGCCCCAAGACGGGUGUGGUCGAGUGCAAGGCCUGUCGCGACAAGGCGCCCAUUUACUCCUCUUUCCCGCAUUUCUACCUCGCGGACAAGCACUAUCUGGAUGCGAUUACUGGCAUGCAGCCGGACAAGGCGAAGCACGAGUUCAUCAUGGCCAUAGAGCCCACCACGGGUGUGCCCGUCCAGGUGCAUGGCCGCAUUCAGAUCAACAUGAUGAUUGAGCCCGACAACGAUUACGACAUAUAUCGAGGAGUGCCCAAAGUGCUGAUGCCCAUGUUCUGGUUUGAUCAGUACGCAGAGCUCUCGCCGGAGUUGGCUUCCAAAGCCAAGUUGGCCAUAAAUCUAUCCUCUUAUGGCAUCAUCUUUGGCUAUUCCCUGGUGGGCUUUGCCAGUCUCUUCAUCAUCACAGGCGUCGCACUGACGCUGACCAAGCGUUGGGUGCGCCGUGCCGACGACGAGGCUAUGCUGACCAACUGAGGAAGGCCCCAGGUCGUAGUUAUUAUUAAUAGUAGCCAAAGUGCCAAGGAGACAAAUUCUAACACUCCUAGUUCAUUCUGAUAGUCGCAUCGUUUGUUGUUACGCGUUAUAUAUAUUAUGUAACUGAUAGUCGCCGGCAGUCGCCUCAACAUUCGUCUUGCAUUUUGUGAUAGCAAAUCCUUAAACCUUAACCCCUUAACUCUUAAUCUAUACCUUAACACCACACUCCCCCCACACAUAACAGAGAUUAUCUUCCACAACACUUACAAAUUCCAUUUUGAAUUUUUUUCAUUUUUAUUUUGCAAACAUAAUUUUUACAACUCUUUUUUUUUAAAUCAAGGACUUUGUUUUUUAUUUUCUUUACUUAUCGUAUACGAUUGUUGGAUGCUUCAACGAUUUUUUUUAACGCUUUAUAA